UGGAGGAGCUGGUUUUCAGCUGCAUGACAGGCUGGUCCUGGGCUCGCUGAGAAGGCUUCAACUGCGCUGCUCCUAUGGGGAACUAUAAAUCCAGACCCACACAGACGUGCACAGAUGAGUGGAAGAAGAAGGUGAGCGAGGCGUACUCCGUCAUUAUCGAAAGACUCGAGGACGAUCUGCGCAUCAAAGAGCAUGAGCUAGCUGAGCUCCAACACGUGUUCAGCUCAGAGGAAGCGUUCGGCCAGGUGAACGUGAACUACCGUGCGGAGGGCGGACUGUCACUCCUGCACCUCUGCUGCAUAUGCGCGGGAAACAAGAGUCACAUCAGGACCCUGAUGCUGAAGGGCCUCCGUCCCUCCCGACUGACGCGUAAUGGCUUCACAGCCCUACACCUGGCCGCCUAUAAGGGCAAUGCGGAGCUGGUGACUGCUCUGUUGCACGGCGGAGCCGACAUCCAGCAGGUUGGCUAUGGGGCCCUCACUGCCCUGCACAUCGCUACCAUAGCAGGUCAUGACGAGGCUGUUGACAUUCUCCUGCAACACGGGGCAUAUGUUAACGUCCAGGAUGCUGUGUUCUUCACCCCGUUGCACAUAGCAGCCUAUUAUGGACAUGAGCAGGUGUGUAAGCUACUGCUGAGAUUCGGCGCGGACGUGAAUGUGAGUGGGGAGGUGGGCGACCGGCCCCUCCAUCUGGCAGCCGCCAAGGGCUUCCUGGGAAUCAUCCGCCUCCUGAUGGAGGAGGCGGAGAAGACGGACGUAAAUGCUCAGGACAACGAGGACCACGUGCCGCUGCACUUCUGCGCCCGGUUUGGCCACCAGGAGGUUGUGCGCUUCCUGCUGCAAGGGAACUUCAGCGUGCAACCACACUCUGUGAACAUCUACGGGGACACGCCCCUCCACCUGGCCUGCUACAAUGGUAAGUUUGACGUGGUGAAGGAGCUGGUGGACUGCACAGGAACAGACAGCCUGUCCAAGGAGAACAUCUUCAGCGAGACAGCAUUUCAUAGUGCCUGCACCUACGGCAGGGACCUGGAGAUGGUGAAGUUCCUAAUCAGUCAGAACGCGAUGAGUAUCAAUCACCAAGGACGAGACGGACACACGGGUCUGCACAGUGCUUGUUUCCAUGGUCACAUCCGCCUAGUUCAGUUUCUAUUGGACAACGGGGCAGAUAUGAACCUGGUGGCCUGUGAUCCCAGCCGCUCCAGUGGAGAGAAAGAGGAGCAGACCUGUCUCAUGUGGGCCUAUGAGAAAGGACACGAUGCCAUUGUCACCCUACUAAAACACUACAAGAGGCCCCAGGAAGACUCUCCCUGCAAUGAAUACUCCCAGCCAGGAGGGGAUGGGUCUUAUGUUUCUGUCCCGUCUCCACUGGGAAAGAUCAAAAGCAUGACAAAAGAGAAGGCUGACAUCCUGAUCCUCAGAGCAAGUCUCCCUGCCAACUUCCACCUCCAGCUCUCCGAGCUAGAGUUUAAUGAGAUCAUUGGCUCAGGUUCUUUUGGGAAAGUCUACAAAGGAAGGUGUCGCAACAAGAUAGUGGCGAUUAAGCGGUACCGUGCCAACACGUACUGCUCCAAGUCAGACACAGACAUGUUCUGCCGGGAGGUGUCCAUCCUCUGUCGUCUCAACCACCCGUGUGUGGUGCCGUUCGUGGGUGCCUGUGUGGACGACCCCAGCCAGUUUGCCAUAGUAACACAGUAUGUGGCGGGGGGCUCACUCUUCUCCCUGCUGCACGAACAGAAGAGGAUUAUACACCUGCAGUCCAAGCUCAUCAUCGCGAUCGACGUCGCCAAGGGGAUGGAAUACCUGCACAAUCUCACCCAGCCAAUCAUUCACCGUGACCUUAAUAGCCAUAACAUCCUGCUUUAUGAAGAUGGCCACGCCGUCGUAGCAGAUUUCGGAGAAUCCCGGUUCCUGCUCUCGAUGGAUGUGGAUAAUAUGACAAAACAACCCGGGAACCUGCGGUGGAUGGCACCUGAGGUUUUUACCCAGUGCACGCGGUACACGGUGAAGGCUGACAUGUUCAGCUACGCGCUGUGCCUCUGGGAACUGCUGACAGGAGAGAUCCCAUUCGCUCACCUCAAGCCUGCGGCUGCAGCUGCUGAUAUGGCCUACCACCACAUCCGCCCGCCGAUCGGAUACUCCAUCCCCAAACCUCUCUCUGCCCUGUUGAUGAGAGGCUGGAACGUCAAUCCAGAGGAGAGGCCAGAGUUCUCAGAGGUGGUGGCCAAAUUAGAAGAGUGUCUGUGUAACGUGGAGCUGAUGUCUCCAGCCUCCAGUAACAGUAGUGGGUCACUGUCGCCCUCGGCGUCCUCCGACUGCCUGGUGGGUCGUGCGAGUCCCGGCCGGAGUCACGUUGCUGCACUGCGCUCACGCUUCGAGCUGGAGUACGCCCUGAACGCACGCGCAUACACCUUCUGGAGCCAUAGCGUGGGGCGGCGUGCGUCACAGGGGCUGUCUUUGGAGGAGCUGAGGAGAAGCCUUCAGAUCCCCCCCAUCGACCGGAAUGGAUACGUGUCAGAUCCCAUGAGCACCAUGCACUUCCAGUCCUCCAGCAGCACGGCCAGCUUGGAGGACAACAGCUAAUGGGGUUUCAGACGAACGGCUCUCUGCAUGGUCCCCGGAGCUGUGUUGGGCCUGGAUGACCUAGCCUGUGAGACCACCGCAACAACGUUAACCCACCACGCAGCUCUAUGAGGACAAACACCCUCAUCACCUGAGCAGUGGAGGCUCUGUGGUUAAAGUACUUCACUAGUAAUCAGAAGGUUGGCAGUUCAAGCCACAUCUGAGCUGACCCUUAACCCUCGAUUGUGUGCAGUCAACUGUCGCUUUUGGCGCUGCAAAUGUGAACAUUUGGAACAUGUGUUGCUGUUUUAUUCUGGUUGUAAAGGAUCUCUGCCAAUUAAACAGAACCAGACUUAACACACACAAAAACAGUCAGGCAUCAUGCAACAUUCAGUAAAGAAAACUCUAAAAUGUUAUCAUCUUCUUCUGGAAACACAUAUGGUUUUCUGGAGAUUGUCGGUAGUAUAUAGAAGAGAGACCUUUGUCUCUA